AUGAAAGCUUUCCUCUACAUGGUCGCUGUGGUACUAGCGUGCGAUGUCGCCAAUUCUUUGUUUUUACCGAGCAAAGAUUACGGGCAAAGAAGUUCUGCAUCAGCAUUAUCUCGUUUCUCCAGAAUACGACGACUGUCCAGACCAGCACAUCGGAUUAUAAAUCCUGAUGAAGAUUGUUUCCUAGUGACGUCAGAAGAAGGUGAAUUGUUUUAUAAGGCGCCAUCAGAUGAUCCAGUCGUGUGUGGUAUCUACAUUAUAGCCGAACCUGAUAAACGGAUCGAGGUCAUUUUCAAUUACCUCGACGUGCCCUGCGAAAAUGGUGGUUUAGUUGCGUGGGUUGACGGAUGGGAGCUGAAUGGCCAAGUAUGGCCAGCCGACUCGUGGGACGAUGGUCGAGUUGUGGAGUCCUGUGACCAGAGACCUUCAAGAAAACUGGUCUCCAGGCAAAAUGCUGCUCUUGUGCAGUAUCGAGUACCUGCUAGAGGAAAAGGAUUCGCUGUUACUAUACGGCACUUGAAGAAUACUAAGCCAUGCAAUGUAAUGCUGUUCGGUGCUGAAGGAGUGUACACACUUCGCAAUCACGGUGAGACCGGCAAUUGUUCCAUGCUGGCUGUCUCUCCAGCGACAGUUCACGUUCUAGACCUGAACGUAGGAGUGACUAUCAAGAAAGGACGCCUUCUCGAAAUGGAAACUGGAACUAUUCAUCACUGCACAAAGCGGGGCCUGUCUGAUUAUGUGGACAUUGGUGGCGCCAACGGACUCGAUCACACUAAAAUGGAGGUCCAAGAUAGUGUGUGUGGACUUGAUUCUAAUGAAGCUCGGCGUCCGGCGUUCAUCGCUUGCGAGGACACUGUGGUCCGGCUGGUGUCCAGCGGCCGAUACCACAACUCUGUCACCCUAGCCUUCGCCCCCCUCCCCCUCGAGGACAUCGAACACGCUGACCUCAUGUGCGGACUUAAUGACCUGUAA